AUGGACCUCCUUGAUACCUUUCUCGUGCGACCUUUCUCUCAACACCUUGACUACUUCACACGACUUUGGCCGGCACUCUACCUUCAGACCAUCGCACUGUAUGCCGUGAUCACCGUCACCAUGUUCGCCACAUCGCAAGCAGCAGUAAAUCUGCGCUCACCACCGCCACCAUCACCGACGAAUACCAAGCUCCUCGUGAUCCGCUUCCUCGACGCCCAUCAUGCCUCAGGUGCCAUCGACACCAAGACCCACGCCAUGCUUUACCGCAUGGUUGUUCUAAUAUCCGCCAUGGGAAAGGACCUGCAUAGUAUCAUUCAAAGUAAGUCAGCUCACGUUUCUGUCAUUCACAGGAUGGGGCAGCAUGCGGGCUUUGUGGUUGAGGGUUGCGUUGUUUUGAAGAGGCACUAUGGUAUGCGUGCGGAUCGGGCGGAGGCCAUUGGGGAGCAAUUGGAUGGGCUGGCGAAGGUGCUCAGGGGGACGCAGGAGGAGAAAAUGAUGAUUAUGCAGCCGGAUGCUCUUCUGAGAUUCUUUCGGCAUCUGGCAACUCACUUCUACGACGCAGUAUAUGGGGAGUUCUUGCAGCUUCAUCACGUUCAACCGGAAUGUCCUGGGUGGAGUGUCAAUGGAAAAUUGCUUGCUAUCCAAGAAGCUAUCGACACUAUUUAUGAGAUCAGCCAAUCAGCCGACGAGGUGACGCAGGGUAUCGAAAACAAAUACGGCAGGCUAAGCAAAGCAAGAGAAGCGUCCCUAGCGACUAGGUCCUCGCCGCGUAAAGAUCGCAAGCCGGACCUAACAGUGGAUAUCGCGAAGGCCAAGACUCCGAAGACACUUCCAAUCAUGUCUGUUUUGGAUGGUCCGCCUGUACUACCCCCACUACCAUUCCAGAUCCCAGAAGUCGACGAGCCAGUCCAACAAUCUGCACCUGCUGUAGUCCGGAUCAACAAGCAUCUCAUCUUUCCUUACAAGUCUUUCUCAGCAGUGGAGGAUCAAGUCAGCCAGCGAGGUCAUGCCCGGAGCGCAACAGUGUCAAGCACCGGCUACGUGGCGGACCAGUCGGCCACCGGCCUAGGCAUCUCCAAUCUAGAACCAAGGCAAGUCCCGAAUACUGCAGGCCGCCUUUCGCAGCGUAAGCCGAGCACGGGCAACGUGCCACGGGUGUUCAAGGGCUCUCUGAGCGAGCUCCAGGCGGACGUCGAGCGACUUGGUCUGAACAAAGUCAAGACACCAGAGGGACAGCAUGCUUCGCCUAAGCCAAAAUCGCCACCGCAUGAGGACUUCACCGAGCCUGAAGACUACUAUCGCGGGCAUUCUGCUGGGCUGUCCAGUACUUUCCCGAGCCCCGCAACUGUCCUGCAGAGGCGUGAGGCGUUCAUGAGCAAAGACACCCAGUGGGAGUCUCGGCUGGUUGAUGGUGAAGUCAUUCGCAGCCGGCGACCUUCAGACCGGCUCCAGGUGUCGCGUGCAACACUCGUCAGUGCUCAAAGCGCUGAGGUCGAAGACUACUCUAGCGAUCAGUCAACCCCGAAGGCAUCGCGAGCAAACGCGGGCGGAACAGCGACGAACCGUGGGCCGAUGCGGCAGAGGGAGAACACUAUGUGA